ACAAUCGAUGCGGUGGUGAAAAUUCAGUCUAAUUCUACGGUCUUCCUAUGUUGGAAGAACGGACGGUCGCGUGUCUGCCCAUUAUGUAUUGCUAAAAAUAUUUUUAUUGCUAAAAAAGCAAAUGAUCAAUUAUUAUACAUACAUAUACAUAUAUAAAGUAUACUUAGUGCAAUUAAAAGUAAUAAAGUCAAUAAUGAACUCAACAAAAGUUGGAGCAAGUGGUGUGUGGAAAUUAUAAAGAAAGUGGUUUUUCCUUGCAUAAAGUAUUGGUGCUCUUGUGCAUUCGAAAAUAAAGAAAUUCUCGACGAGCAACUUGAAUUUUCAAACUUUCUCUUGCUGUUGCUGCUUCUUCCUCGUUUUCUGUUUCUAUUUUUGCUAUAAUAUCCAGAUUCUGUAUCUGAAAAUUGUAACGCCACCAACAACACCAACACCACUUCGCCCAGCCACCCUAAAACGAGCACCCACUUUUACGCUGCCGUCACCAGAAAACAGUAAACCACUAGUGUGUCAUAGAAAAGCAGCAGAAAAAAAAUUGGAAAAUUGAAAAAUAGUAUAGAGUGCUAUCAACGAAGAAAGAGAAGAGUGCGCAGCAGACGAAUGCUUUGGCGAAAACUCUGCUCUACAGUGACAUCGUAAAUGGUGCUAGUCAUGACACAAGUCUGGAGUCUGAAUAAUCGAAUCAAGCAAAAAAUAAAGUAGUCGCAAUGACCAAAUGAAAAUCAGCAAAUCAACAACGAAAAGAACGACGGAAAAUGGAAAAAAGUGUUUCAUAUUUUAAAAGCAAAGAAAUAUUUAUUAUAUUCGUGUGUGCAAUUAAAUGCCAGCUGUGUAAAUUUUCAUAAAAAAAUUUUAAAUCAAAUAAAUAUAGAAAAAUAAGACUGAAAAGUGCAAAUUCAAGUGACAGUGCAAAUGAGAUAAACGCAAAAAAUAAAUAAAAAAAAUUGCAGUGAAAUAACAGACACGAAGAAGUUAAGUAGGCGUAAGCUGUGCGAGAAUAUCCUUUGAGGAAACAAUCAAAAAUAACAAUAGCGCUUUGGAGACAAAGCUGAAAUAAUCGCGACAACUACGCCAAGCAGCUACAGCAACAAAACGAAAAACAGAAAAACAAUAAAAAAUGAUUGUCCGAAGACGAAGUCGACGAGCACGUAUGUGGAAUAUGGGACUAUUGUUCCUCAUAUACUAUUGUGUGGCCGUGUAUUCAGCGAAGAGUGAGGACAACAAGGAUGGUAUGUUAAACUCUGCAAAUUUACAAGAAGAAGGUGAUGGAACAUUGGGUGACGCCGGUGGUAAUGGAGCUUCAGAGAAUGAGCCCUCAGACACAGAUGAGAUGGAUAGCACACUGAGAACCAUAACUACACCGGAGAGCAUCUUAGCGACGACCGAAGAGACACACGCUGCACCCAAACACGCUGUGCCCACUUGGCGACCAAAACGAAAUUGUACACCACCCGCCAUCGAACAGUUUCCUCAACCAUUAAUGGGUAAAUGGGCACGUCAACAUGGUGGACUCAUCAUUCAUAUACUCGUUGCCGUAUUUACAUUCUUCGGUUUGGCCAUUGUGUGUGAUGAAUACUUUGUUGCCAGCUUAGAUCGGCUGUGUGAAGAACUCAAACUGUCACCCGAUGUAGCGGGCGCUACUUUUAUGGCGGCUGGUAGUUCAGCACCUGAGCUAGCUACUGUAGUCAUUGGUGUGUUCUUUGCCCAGGACGACAUCGGUAUAAGCGGUGUUAUUGGUUCAGCGGUUUUCAAUAUUAUGUUCGUGAUAUCGGUUUGUGCUCUCUGCUCUGGAACUGUUUGCCAACUGAAUUGGUGGCCAUUGGUGCGCGAUUGCUUCUUCUAUAGUCUCUCCAUUCUGGUGAUGUUGAUUAUCAUUUUCAAUGAUGUUAUCUCAUGUUACGAAUCCGUCUUCAUGCUACUCUGUUAUGUGGGAUAUUGUGUGGCUCUACAUUUCAAUACGGAGCUCGAGCGAUGGGCUUUAUCUUUAAAUUUACCAUUCAAGCUGCCAACAAAGGAGGAACAAUCAUCGCUGGUCACAUACAAGAAUAUGCCCGAUAAUUCAUAUACCCAAGGGGGCUCACAACAACAACAGCAGCAGCAAACAAGUCUUACACAGGAUGGCGCAUCUGGUUCGCAACAACAACAAUCGACUAGUGAAUACCAAAGUUACGGUGAUCCGAAUGCUAGUUGGGAUCCGAACGCCGCCUGGGGCGAAGAACCGUCGACAAAUCCAGUGGGAGUCAGUGUUAGAUACGGCCAACCGCCAGGCGAAGAUGAUUGGGGCACAAAUACAUUCUACACCUCAGGUCCCGGUCAUGGAGCUGAUAAUAUGGCAUAUAAUCCCGAUCAACCAGACGCAGUCGUAACCCAACAAAACAAUACAAAUGGUGAUGGUAGCAAACCGGCGGUCGGUAAACCACAACCAGCUGCUGGUGUUGAGUAUUAUAAAUCGUCUGAUAGAGCGAAAGAGGCACGCCCCAAUCCAUUGGAUCGUCCCACGGAAGGCGGUCUGCCAACACUGAUCGCCUGGUAUGUCGUCUAUCCCAUACAUUAUUUAUGCCAGAAAACAAUGCCAGAUUGUCGCACCGAAAAAUACCGUAAUUGGUAUCCAUUCACAUUUAUUGUAUCGAUGAUAUGGAUCUCGUUCUAUUCAUAUUUUAUGGUUUGGAUGAUAACCGUGAUUGGUUCGACCUUAGCCAUACCAGACACGGUUAUGGGAUUGACAUUUGUUGCUGCUGGUGUAUCUGUACCCGAUGCCCUAAGCUCAAUAGCGGUUAUCAAAGAAGGCUUCGGCGAUAUGGCCGUAUCGAAUGCGAUCGGCUCGAAUGUCUUUGAUAUCCUAGUGUGCUUAGGUCUUCCGUGGUUUAUACAAACGGCCAUAAUAAAGCCUGGUUCGCACGUCAAUGUCAUCUCGAAAGGCUUGGCCUACUCUACGCUCUCCCUCUUCUCGACGGUUAUCUUUCUGAUUCUAUCCACACAUUUGAACGGCUGGAAGUUGGAUAAGCGACUUGGCAUUAUACUGAUGAUUUGGUAUCUAUGCUUUAUAACAUUGGCCUCAUUGUAUGAAUUGAAUGUAUUUGGCUACAUGAACCCACCGGAAUGCGCCAGUGAAUAUUAAAUUAAAAACAAAUGAAAUAUGGCUGUUAUAAUGAAUACGAAAAUAACAAAUAUAAGAAGCAAGCUUAAAACACACACACACACACACAAAUUUGAAAAGCAUGAAUUCAAAGGACUAUGCUAUAGCAGUGCACACAUUAGGCUAUGUGUGUAUAAUCGAUUAUUAUUCGAAAUAAAUAUAAGUUAAAUAUUUAUAAAUAAUUGGGUC